CCGGAUGAUGCAUCCACUCCGGUUAAUUAGCUUGCUGUGUGGCAAGUUUGGAGGCCGCAUACUGGUAUCCGAAGUCGCGCGGCGGCGGCGUUGAUGGCCGAGGAUUUCAUCGACCUGUGCAUGGACAUCGAAGGUGAUGGAGAUGCGGAGCCUUCUAUUCGGCAGUUGGACGAGGAUGUGGAGGGAAUUGACGACGAAGAAGAAGGCAAGCCAGAGCUGCUUUUAGAUGAUACCGACGAAACGUGUUGCUGCAUUUGUCUAGACAACGUCGAGUCUGUGGACACGCAAGGAUUUCUGCUCAAGUGCGUCCAUACGUUCCACUUCGAUUGUAUUGCGCAGUGGGCCAAAGUGACCAACUUGUGUCCCAUGUGCAAAACGCGGUUUUGCUCGAUCGUGUGUCGCGACGCAUCCGGUGCGAUUCAGUCCACCACGGAAGUGAAAGACGCGAAACAGGUCCAUACGAACCAGUCCAGCCACGGCAUUCGCGCAAACGCAAACCUGUUCAACGAGUACGCGUGCAUGCUGUGUGGCAACGGAGACAACGAGGACGUGCUGCUGCUCUGCGACGUCGACGGGUGCGACUAUGCGGCUCACACGUACUGCCUCCCCCUUCCGUCCGUGCCCGCGGGGUUCUGGCACUGCGCCGACCACAGCCACGUGGCGCCACCUCCAACCCGUCGAUUGACAGGACCCGCGACCACCUUGGCCACGCUUCGCAGCAGCUCCCGCCGCCGCAGUGUCCGGCUACCCACUCGUCGAAUCAGUCAAUUGGAAGCUCGCGUGGGUGUCCGUCGAGGCCAACGUGUGUCGCUACCAUUUGAGAACGAAGUGUCGCGGUAUACCACCGCCGAGGCCCCGCCAAGCCGACGGCGACGAGCUCGCACCGGCGCCUCCCCCGCCGCGACGGACCUUCGGCGCAUGCAAGCCGAAGCGGCGCGGAUCAUUCACAUGGCGAAUGGCCACAGGCCAGCUACAAACAACCACCUGAGUGAGGACGACGACUCGUUGGGGCAUGAUGACGUCCGGGGGCCUUACUUGACCAGCCGAAAGCGGCAUCGCAUCGAAGACAUCCAAGCGAUUCUACAGUCCACAACCACUCCGUUAACGUCCAGGCAACGAAGCAUCGAUACCCCCACAACCUUUCAAGGCGAAUACCAUGCACUGCGAGACAGAAUGACGCAUGCCCAGAUCGUAGACACGUCGACGCCGGUGCCGACGGCCGCCAAGCUCCGCCUCGUGCCGACGGUGAAGAGGUUCUUUGACGCUCUCCCGCGUUCGAAACAGACUCAAGUGCUGGAAUGGGGGGUGCUGGGUGUCCUCAAACGAUGGCUCGAGCCGUACGGUCCACACAAAUUGCAACAUCCCCAGGUGAUUGACGCGGUGUUGCAUGUCCUUGGUACAUUGCCGAUCACUAGCGUCAGGCUCCACGAGAGCGACGGGUUGGAGCAAUGCAUGGCUGCGUUGGUAGCCUCCAAGGACCUGGAUAUACGACAUCAAGCCACUGCGACAUCGUUGCUUGCGCAAUGGCGGCGAGAGGUGGCCAGUGCCCAAGGGUCGUCAAUUCAAGUCGAGGAAUCCAAGCCAACGUCCAGUUCGGCCGCCCAUCUAAAGUCGCCCCUGAUCACGCCACCUAUGAGACGAACGACGACGACGGCCGUCGGCUCAGCAGUUACAUUUGCAACUCCGACGUAUAGUAGACCAUCGCCAGCAGCUUUGUACAGUGGAGUCGAUGGAACGGCUAGGCCGGCACCGAUAGACCCUCUCCCGACCAAACCUCGGGUAGUGGAGCACAUCAAGAGCCAACUGUACCCUGCGUACCGCCGUGGCCUCAUGACCAAGGACCAGUUCAAGGUCGUGGCUAAGCAAGUUUGCCAGACAUUUAUGUACGAAACCCUUCACAUGUCGUCGGCGGUGCUCGCGCGCGACGGGUCGUUGUCUGCGCUCGCCAAGAAACGACUGAACGCUUUGAUCGACAUUGCAACCACAUGACCAUGGAGGUACAAGGGUAUCUAGAGUGUUACCACUUCCAUAGUGUAACGUUAUAAUUCUACAUAAUAACGUUAACUUAACUUCGCAUUUUCC